AUGUCGAAUAAGAAGGUAGCUCGUCAGAAUAUUAGGGUUGCCGUUCGUUGCCGACCUUUAAAUACACGGGAGCGUAGCAUUGGAGAUUUUAACAUUGUCGAAUCAUGUAAAGAUCAGAGGAUCACGUUGAAGGAUAAGUCAACUUCGUCCCGGUCAUACGCAUUUGAUCGUGUAUUUGGUCCACAAUCCAGACAGAAGGAUAUUUAUAUGGAAAUUGUCGCCCCUACUGUCGUUGAAGUUCUUGAGGGCUAUGGCCAAACUGGGACAGGAAAGACGUUUACUAUGACUGGAGAAAGGUCUGACCCCUUACGAUAUACUUGGGAAACUGACCCAACUGCUGGGAUUGUUCCGAGGGCCUUGAAUCAGAUAUUCUCUACCCUGGAUAUGAUGGGCUGCGAUUUCUCUGUGCGUGUCUCUUUUUUGGAACUUUAUAACGAGGAACUUUUUGAUCUUCUUUCUUCCGGUGAGGAUUGUGUGCGGCUGGCUGUGUACGAUGAUGCAAAUAAAAAGGGCUCAGUUCUCGUCAAAGGCCUUCGUGAAGUAGCUGUUCAUAACAAAGAGGAGGUAUAUACAAUAUUGGAAAGAGGUUUACUGCGGCGGCAAACGGCAAGUACGCAGCUCAAUGCGCAGUCGAGCAGAUCUCAUACGGUGUUCACAGUGACGGUUCAUAUUAAGGAAGUGUGUCCUGAUGACGACGAGGUCUUUUUGAAAAUUGGGAAGCUUAAUCUUGUCGAUCUUGCCGGCAGCGAAAAUAUUGGUCGAUCUGGAGCACUUGAUAAACGAGCUAGGGAAGCUGGAUCCAUUAACCAAAGUCUUCUCACUCUGGGUCGAGUCAUCACUUGCCUCGUCGAUCACAGUCCCCACAUACCUUACCGAGAGAGCAAAUUGACCCGACUUCUCCAAGACUCUCUAGGAGGGAAGACGAAAACUUCCAUUAUUGCAACAAUAGGUCCAGGCAGUUCGUCAUUGGAAGAAACGAUUUCAACUCUUGACUAUGCACACCGAGCGAAAAACAUUCAAAAUAGGCCAGAAAUCAAUCAAAAACUGAAUAAAAAUCAAUUGAUUAAGGGAUACAAUGAGGAAUUGGAACGUCUGCGUAGGGAUCUUGAGGCUGCGCGUUCGAAAAAUGGUAUUUUUGUUGAUGCUGAUAAUUAUCAGGCAAUGACUCUUCAACUGACACAGCAGCGUGCACGCAUUGAUGAUUUAGAAAGUAGGAAGGAAACUCUCGAAUCUGAUUUGGAGUCUGCAGUCAAGAAUUUUGAACUAUCACAGCAGGAAUUGAGUGAAAUUAGAGAGGCCAAAGAAAGUGUGGAUGCUGAGUUAUGCAGAGCAGCUGAAGAAUUGAGGUCUGCUAUUUACCGCUUGGAAAAGACCGAGAGGCGCUUGCGGGAGGAGACUUAUUUGCGCUCAGAGCAUCAAAAUACUGAGGAAAAGCUCUUCGGACAAGCCAAAGAUUUGCUCUCGGUUGCUUCCGUCUACGAGGCUGAUUUGAAUGGCCUACAACAAAAGAUUGAUCGUUUUGCAUCUCUCGAUUUGCAGAACCGCUCCGCUAUUAGGACUCUACCUGAUAUUUGGCUCACUGAAAACCUUAAACAGCCGCUUGAUUUAGUCGCCUCACUCAAGGUAAACAUUUCAUCUGAGCUUGGGAAGCUUGCUGCCGAAUUGGUCAAAUUCCGUAGACAAAUGAAGGUGUCAAAUGAAAAUACCCUGAGGGAGGUGAGUCAGCUCUCCUCUACACUGGCUACUAUUGUCUCAGCGAAUUUGAAACAGUUAGCCGAAAUUGUGGAGGACAUGGUCAACGAUCAGGUUCGAGCAAUUACCGAUUUCCGCGAAACCGCCAUGAAUCGAGCACUCAACACGGUCAAUAAAUUGGGCGCGGAAUUGAAGAGCAAGCUCAAUGCCAUUCACCAGCAACUUCAGGCGGAAGCCCAGGCCCGAGCUGAGGUGUUUGAAGAUCUCACAGAGAGAGCUGUUGCUUUCUCCAACUCAGCAGCGGCGUGGGUACGUCUGCAUGAUAUUGAACUGGAAGAAAAUCGCAAGAUGUGUGCUCAAUUGAAUGAAAGACGCAAGGCUGAGGAGGCUGAGACUCGUGCUCUCGUUGAGGUCCUGCAAAAAGCCUUAUCCUGUGUCUCCGUUCUCGCUGAGGCUCGCAUGGAAUCCUAUACAAAGAUUGAUGAAAGCUUGGCUGCGGAGCGUGACCACAUAAAGCUAGUAGCCGACACUGAAAAAGAGCUGCUGACCCGAACCUCCAACGAACUGAUCGGUUCCAUCUCCUCGGCCAAGGAGGCUCUGGUUGCUUCUGUCGCCAACAUUGCCCCCGAUGUUGACAGUUGUACAGUGCAUCUCUCCUCUCUGAGCAGCAGCAUUCAGGAUGCUGGAACUGCACUGGACACUCUGGUCGAGGAUACCUCACAGGCUGCCAAUGAAUGCAUGUCGUCGGUUGGUGGCAUCGGCAAGAAACUCAUCGAUGGAUCCAUCCAGUGGCAGUCUCUGGGUUCAGAAAUAAAACCUGGUUGUAAUGUGGCAUCCACGGAAUUCUUCAUUCACACAGUGGAUGAAUCCAAAACCCGCCUGAAUCAGAAUAAAAUUGCUGCGAGAGAGUCUUUAACCAAGGUGGAUGAUGCUGUUUCAGCUGUCAAUGAUUACAUUCCGGAAUUUGAUAACAUAUCCACCGCGUUGGUUCCCCGUCUACCUGCACUGUUGUCAGGUCAUUUGGCCAAGACCAUUCAUAGCUAUAAUCCCACUGGACUGACUCCAUUGCGAAAGGAUGUGCCCUAUCCCAAGAAUUUGGCUCGCACUGCACAACACAGCCUGCUUUUGGCGGAGUUCAGACAGGCCCAUGGUUUUCCCUCACAAGAGAGUCCGCUAAUGGAUGUGACAAAUAUGGUUGAGUGCGGUAGUUCCUCGUGUUUCCUGUUAAAUCCUUCAUCCUCUUCUCCUACAGUUGAUGGUGAAGUUGAAAAUGGCUAUGCUCGAAAAUCAAGCAGCCGUGGUAGCAGUGGGCUGGGUACCCUUUCCCCCAAGUCAGGUCGUUUUCAGACCUCAGAGGAUGAUUUGCUUACCAGCGUCUCGGGAGUUGCGACAAAGAAGCGCCACUCGGCCGACGCCCAAUCUGGAGCGUCAUCAAUCAAGGCAGGCUUGACUUAG